AUGUCACACCAUAUAACACAUGGCUUCCACUUGGUAAAGGGAAAAUCCCAUCAUGCUAUGGAAGACUAUGUUGUUGCACAGUUUAAGCAAAUCGAUGACCAUGAGCUAGGACUAUUUGCAAUUUUUGAUGGCCAUUUGAGCCAUGAAAUUCCUGAGUACUUGCAGUCCAAUCUCUUUAACAAUAUCUUAACAGAGCCUGAUUUCUGGACAGAAACGGAGAAUGCAGUCAGGAGAGCAUAUUGUGUAACAGAUACUAACAUUCUGGAGAAGGCAGUUGAUUUGGGAAAAGGGGGUUCAACUGCAGUUACGGCCAUAUUAAUUGACUGCCAGAAGCUGGUGGUAGCCAAUGUUGGGGAUUCUCGAGCUAUUAUUUGCAACAAUGGUGUAGCAAAACAGCUAUCUGUUGAUCAUGAGCCUAGCACAGAAAGAGAAGAAAUUGAGAACAGAGGUGGUUUCGUGUCAAACUUUCCAGGGGAUGUUCCACGGGUUGAUGGGCAGUUGGCGGUAGCAAGAGCAUUUGGUGACAAGAGCUUGAAGAAACAUCUCAGUUCUGAACCUCAUGUAAUGGUGGCUUUAAUAGACGAGAAGACAGAGUUCAUUGUCUUGGCAAGUGAUGGACUAUGGAAGGUGAUGUCGAACCAAGAAGUUGCGGAUUCUAUCAAAGAUAUAAAGGAUGCCCGGGCGGCAGCGAAGCACCUUACAGAAGAGGCUGUGAAUAGGAAGAGCUCUGAUGAUAUUUCUUGUGUAGUUCUAUGGCGUUGA